AUGGACUUGUGGAACUCGACAGAGGUUGUGUUCAACGAGACUGUGAGGAACAGCUCAGAAGAGUACGUGGAGGGAGGGGAGCAUCCGUUCCUCACCGAUGCCUGGCUUGUGCCUCUCUUCUUCUCCCUCAUCAUGCUGGUGGGGCUCAUUGGCAACUCACUGGUCAUCUACGUGAUUUCCAAACACCGUCAGAUGAGGACGGCCACCAACUUUUACAUAGCUAACCUGGCUGCCACGGACAUCAUCUUCCUAGUGUGUUGUGUGCCGUUCACAGCUACACUCUACCCUCUACCUGGUUGGAUAUUUGGGGACUUCAUGUGUAAAUGUGUCGCUUUCCUUCAGCAGGUUACAGUCCAGGCUACUUGCAUCACUUUGACAGCAAUGAGUGGGGACCGUUGCUACGUAACAGUUUAUCCACUGAAAUCUCUGAGCCAUCGCACUCCUCGCAUUGCCAUGAUAGUUAGCAUCUGCAUCUGGAUCGGUUCUUUCAUCCUGUCCACGCCGAUAUUUAUGUAUCAGAAGAUAGAGGAGGGCUACUGGUAUGGACCCCGGCAAUACUGCAGGGAGAGGUUCCCCUCUAAGGCACACGAGAGGGCUUUCAUCUUGUACCAGUUCAUAGCGGUCUAUCUCCUUCCUGUCCUCACCAUCUCCUUCUGCUACUCCUUCAUGCUCAAGAGGGUCGGCCAGCCUGCGGUGGAGCCUGUGGAUAAUAACCAUCAGGUCCACUUGCUGUCGGAGAGAACCAUCACCAUCAGGAGCAAGAUCUCUAAAAUGGUGGUUGUCAUCGUCCUGCUCUUCACCAUCUGCUGGGGGCCCAUCCAGAUCUUUGUCCUCUUCCAGUCAUUCUACCCAAACUUCAAGGCCACAUACGCCACCUACAAGAUUAAGACCUGGGCCAACUGCAUGUCUUACGCCAACUCCUCAAUCAAUCCGUUUGUAUAUGGGUUCAUGGGGGCGAGCUUCCGCAAGUCCUUCAAGAAAACAUUCCCAUUCCUGUUCAAGCACAAGGUCCGGGACAGCAGUGCAAACUCACGCACAGCCAACGCCGAGAUCAAAUUUGUUGCCACAGAAGAAAGCAACAACGAAAGGAAAUGA